AUGAAAGACCCGUUAUACAAUGGUAUUUGCUUGACUAUCAUUGGUAAAGACGGUAACAAGCCAAAUAUCCCGAUUGCAGUAGCCUACAUUCACAAGGAGACCGUCGACAAUUUUGCAUGUUUUUUUUUGCAACUGCUACAUCUGAAAUUCUGUACGGUGCACAUUAGAUUCAACGUGAUGGACAAGUUCAAGUCUCUGAAGUUAAACUUACAGUCCGUAAAGAACGACAUUUUAGCGCUUCAAGUUACCUUUGUGGUAUACAUCCCACAGAUUGGUGCGCUGCCGUUGUUUGGUAUUCGCACAACUAGCGCGAUUGAAGAAGAGAACAACGGUCUCUUGUGGGGUCGAGUGCGAAAUCAACUUGUUCUAGGAUCGCUGAUGGCUUACUCUGGAAGGCUGUAA